AAGUACGAGCUCAAAGCUAUUGCAGAUUCAGCAAAGUGGCAGAAGACAUGUCCAAGCAUGACGUGGACACAAGCUCUGAAAGUCAUCUAGAGCUGAACUGCAAUGAGUCAGAAGGGUGUCUCAAGAAACAAAAGUUAGAGACAGUCAGGCAGGUUGGUGAGAGUGGAGCCCAGGAAGAUUUAAGGUGAUGUGUCUCUGUUGCUUUGUGCGGCAUAUAUUAGAAAAUGUAUUGAAGGAAAACAACAACCACAGUAUUUCUAACAGUUCUUGCAUUUAUUUGCUUAUUUAUUAUUUAGUAUGUAUGCACACAUGUGCACAUAUGUGGAAGUCAGAGAACAAUCUGCAGGAGUCAUUUCUCUCCUACAAUAGAUCACAAAUGUAGACAGCUUUUUCUACUACAUACUGCCACACAAGGAGUGAGAGUAGGUCCCAGGAAGAAGGGAUUUCUGGAAAGAGCAAACAUCUGGUGGAAGGAAAUGGACUGAAAGAGUUAAGAAGGAAAGAAUGAGUUUGAAAACAGAAUGACAACACCCAGAAACUCCGUGAGUGGACCUUUCCAAACAGAGCCUACAAAAGGCCCCCUUGCCAUGCAACCUGCUCAAAAAGUAAACCUCAGAAGGACACCUUCACUGGUGGGCCCCACACAAAGCUUCUUCAUGAGGGAAUCAAAGGCCUUGGGGGCUGUCCAAAUCAUGAAUGGCCUCUUCCACAUUUCCCUGGGGGGACUGCUGAUGAUCCCCACAGGGAUCUUUGCACCUAUCUGUUUGAGCGUAUGGUACCCUCUCUGGGGAGGCAUUAUGUACAUUAUUUCAGGAUCACUCCUGGCAGCCGCAGCAGAGAAAACCUCCAGGAAGAGUUUGGUCAGAGCGAAAGUGAUAAUGAGCUCUCUCAGCCUCUUUGCUGCCAUUUCUGGAAUAAUUCUUUCAAUCAUGGACAUACUUAACAUUACAGUUUCUCAUUUUUUAAAAAUGGGGAGACCGGAUUUCAUUAAAACUUCCAAUCUAUAUGUUGAUAUCUACAACUGUGAGCCAUCUAAUUCCUCAGAGAAAAACUCCCCAUCUACACAGUACUGUAACAGCAUGCAGUCUGUGUUCUUGGGCAUUCUGUCGGUGAUGCUGAUCUCUGCCUUCUUCCAGAAACUUGUGACAGCCGGCGUUGUGGAGAAUGAAUGGAAAAGAAUGUGCUCCCGACCCAAAUCAAAUGUGGUUCUGCUGUCAGCUGGAGAAAAAAAAGAGCAGACGAUUAAAAUGAAAGAAGAAAUCAUUGAGCUAAGUGGAGUAUCUUCCCAACCAAAGAAUGAAGAGGAAAUUGAAAUUAUUCCAGUGCAGGAGGAAGAAGAAGAAGAAGCAGAGAUAAACUUUCCAGCGCCUCCCCAAGAGCAGGAAUCCUUGCCAGUGGAAAGUGAGAUCGCACCUUAAACUCUUCCUUUAUAAGCAUUAUUGUUUAGAGAGAUUCCAAGACACAUAGUUACCCUCAUCUCUGUGGCCUUCCGCAAUCUAUUCUCCAUAGUUCCACAGCUUACCUUUGCAUAGAGAAGCCACAUCUAGCUCUCCUCCACAUUUGGAGAAUGCAGUGACUAUAAAAGGUUGUCUUUUUCCAUGCUUAGGGAAUCUUAGACUGGAAGAAAUGCUGAAGAACCCAAUUCUCAUUCACCUUUACCUUGGAUGGGUUUCUCAGUAGUGGUAAUGCUUGUUCUCCAUUUCCUCCAUCAGCAGUUACAGCAGAGGGAAAAGACACGUGAUUGUUCCGUUCAUCUCUGAACUCUCCGACUCCUUCUACAAUUUUAGUAGAGUCACUUUUGCAUUAUUGUUUUAAGGAAAAUGGCAAUAAUAAUGAGAGAAAAUGAGACACCUAUAUGCCUGUGGGGAAGACACACAGUGUGGCAUGUUCUUCAAGCUUCUGUAUCCCACUUGGGAAGCUGUGAAAGGCCUAUUCCUAAGCCUGUCUCUGUGCAAAAAACAUAGCUUACACAUAAGCAAAGCUCUGUGUCUUAACUUUGCCCAACUCCAGUUUCUUGUUUCUGGUCACAUCAUUCAUGUACGUAUAUUCUUAAACUUGUAUUUCAUAAACAGAGUAGUUUAUGAAAUAAUUUCACUUGGUCUUUCAUGACCACAAAAGAAUCCUAUCACUAUUUUGCAAUUAAGUUAAAAGUAAGAAGCAAACCAAGGUAUUCUAUAAUAGUUGUGGGGACUUGAGUCAGACCCAGCUCUUCAAAUUCUAGUGAUGUUUGAAAUAACCAAAUUAUCUCUAUCCAUAUGUUUGCAUAAGCUGUAUCAAAGAGCAUACUCUAUGAACAAUGUGUUGAGUCACAAGAGUCAGAAUUGAAAUUUGACACCAUAUAAAGACACCCAGAAUCUUACAACAUUUGGAAAACUAGUCAUGACAUUAAUGCGCAAUAACUGGUAAGUUAUAUGAUGCACUAUAAAUACAUCUUAUAUGCACUAUAAAUGACCACAAAAAGAUCAUGCUUAGAAAUGACACAGUUAAAAUACCAAAUCUCAGGCCACCAUACUUUCCCACCCCUGUUCAUGUACAGGGAUGCUAGCACCUGACACCAUGACCAGUCUCUACUUCUAGGCAUGGCGAGUAUAUGAACAAGUUAGAUUACACUCCUUAGAAUAUUUCUAUUUUAUUAGAGGCUACUGUUGGGAGAUAUUUCCUGUAACUACAAAGAAAAUGGAAGUAGAACUUUUUCCCUGCGUGUUGUCUUCAAAACAAGCUCUAAGUAAAUAAAACUUUGUGUCCGUGCCUGCAAUGGAUAACUCCA